AGUAUACUAUGGUUUUUUUCAUGACUAUUUUCAGAAUUAUUGUGAACCAUGUCUACAUCUGCAGCAUUACGUGGCUUCUCGGCAUCAACAGAUAAAAAUGUACUCAAACAUUACAUGUCACUGGAACAGCCUGAUGACAGGGUUAUGUGCGAGUAUCUCUGGGUGGACGGUACAGGAGAGGGAAUUAGAAGCAAAUGUCGAACUCUAGAAUAUGAACCACAAAAACCAGAAGAUUGUCCAGUAUGGAAUUAUGACGGAUCGAGUACAUACCAAGCGGAGGGAUCGAACUCGGACAUGUAUAUAUACCCUCGUGCAAUCUUCAGAGACCCAUUUAGACGAGGCAAAAACAAGCUCGUGCUGUGUGAAGUGUUCAAGUACAACAAUGAACCUGCAGAAACCAACAAAAGACUUACAUGCGCAAAAGUCAUGGAAGCGGCAAAGGACUCAAAACCUUGGUUUGGCAUUGAACAAGAGUAUACACUUCUGGAUUUUGACGGUUACCCAUUUGGCUGGCCAAAGAAUGGAUAUCCUGGACCUCAAGGACCUUACUAUUGCGGCGUUGGUGCUAACAAAGUAUACGGCCGUGACAUUGUAGAAGCUCACUACAGAGCUUGUUUGUACGCAGGCGUCAAAGUAGCCGGUUGUAACGCUGAAGUUAUGCCAGGACAGUGGGAAUUCCAAGUCGGUCCAUGCGAAGGGAUUGAAAUGGGUGACCAUUUAUGGAUUGGACGUUACCUGUUGCACAGAGUGGCGGAGGAUUUCGGUGUAAAUGCCACAUUAGACCCGAAACCUAUGGAAGGGGAUUGGAACGGGGCUGGGGCCCAUUGUAACUACAGCACGCUAGCAAUGAGACAAGAAGGUGGUUUAAAGGUAAUUGAAAAGGCAAUUGAGAAACUAUCCAAAAAUCACGUAAGACAUAUUCGGGCCUAUGACCCAAAAGAAGGGAAAGACAACGCUCGUCGACUGACGGGACUUCACGAGACUUCAAGUAUCCAUGACUUCUCGGCCGGAAUCGCAAAUCGUGGGGCUAGUAUCCGGAUCCCCCGACAGGUGGCAGCAGACGGGUACGGUUACUUGGAGGACCGCCGACCGUCUUCCAACUGUGAUCCUUAUACCGUCACUGAAGUAAUUGUACAGACAACAGUUUUGGAUAAGUGAACAAGACAUUCUGAGAUGACAAGUGAAAAAUGUUGUAACAAUUUUAUCUAGCAUAAUAGAAAGAUUUAUAUAUCUAUAAAUGUCAGAAUAUUUGAAUGGUUAGGGGUAAAUGUUCAUUUUUUCCCAUUCAUUAUAGCAAGUAAACCAGGAACGUUCCCGCUCACUUGUCAUUAUAGUGUUUACCACUUUAUACAAUUCUCCAUGAUUUGAGCUGGAAAUACUUUAUAACAUGUAACUAUCCAUGUUCAUGUAUUAUAUAGAUACAUUAAUGUCAUUUUCUUGACUUUGACAUUUAAUUAUCAAAAUAUUUUUGAUAUGUUUAUAUAUAUGUUUACUUUAAUGGGGGUGAGUCAUUGUUAUUUUCAUAUAAACUUGGAAUUAUUUACA